GCUGUUGUCUGUCCGGUCUGCUGCCUUUUGUUUCCGGAGGUUGACGUUGUUCGGUGUCCUCUGCACACGGCACUGGUAACUUUCCAGGGCAGGGUGCAUAAAAUCUGUUUGUACGAGCGCCUUCAUUCGCAUUGUGUGUGGUUGGUUGUAGUAGUUGGUAGCUCUGAAUGGGAGCAGUUUUGUUUUACUGUACGGGUCUUUCCAGCUGUUUUAAUGUCACUGUGUACCGCAGGCCUUUGUUCUCAAUAUGGCCUGCCUCAUUCUCGAUCUUUUACGGUUUCUGUUAUAGCUUGGGUAAUAAUAGUUUGACCUAAUGUUGAAGCGCGAUAUUUUUUAAUUUAUUGAAAACACCACAAAUGCAUUAUCCUAGUAGAUAUUAGCGAGAGCAUAAUGAAGUGAUGUACAUUCAGAGUUCAGGGAUAAAAAUGUGAAUUCCAUGUGGAGGAAAAAAAGUGACCGAUAGGGAUGAUCAUAACGCUUCUUCCCUUUUUUUAUAACCGCAUUUAGCCUUUGUGAAAUCGGCAGGCAAAAACCAAAAAAAAAAACAAAAAAAAACAAGCUGGCUCUGGACUUCACACAAGAUUCGCACCAACGUGUCGAUUAUUAUAAAUGCUUGUUACAAUACCUAAUCACGUUUUAGAGUAUACUAUGUAAACGCAAAACAGAUUUUUCUCAGAUGCACGUCAUUCUUGAUUUGUGGAUUCAUAUACGCAAUACAUGAGAUGGAACAAGACUAUUGGAUACCUGUUGCUUUGUUACUAGUGUUUGCUGGUCAAUGCCUAGGGCAUGGCCAUGGUAAAAGCAGUCCUGAGUGCAACAGUCCGGGGGAUUUUAGGACCAGGGACCAGAUUCUCCCCAAUGUUGACAUGCAAGUGGCUGAACACAUGCAGAAGCAUCACCUAGAGGUCCUGUUCAGGCGCUAUGGGGAGAAUGGAACCAUCUCUAUGGAGGGACUGAAGAAGCUCCUGGAGAGCAUUGGCUUAGACAGGAUCAGGAGGGUGGAUGUUCUGCACAGGGAAACUGUACACAAAUCCAGCAAGGGCCAGGAUCAAGGACACUCCCACCACCCUCAUCACCAUCAUCACCCACACCACCAUGACCACACGCACCAACAGGAAAUCCCCACCAGCAAGAAGGUCACUGAGAUUCCCAAGGUCAACCUGGCGAUGAGCAAGAAGAAGGAAGACGGUGACAGCCACCACAAUCUUUAUGCCAAGAAAGUGCUUCAUGAAAUCAGUACGACCCCAGUGUACACCAGUAACAUUUUGAGGAAAUCCCAAGAGGUACGUAGCCGGAGAAGCACAAAUGACCAACUGCCACAAGGGGACUCUUCUAAGACAACAGGGUCUAGCUCCACCAUGCCUGACCCCUCUGGGACCACUAAGAAGAUCAGCAAUCUGCUUGUUACAGAAGAAGACAAGCAGAAAGAUGAUCACGAUCACGAUCAUGAUCACGAUCACGAUCAUGAUCACAAUCACCAUGGAAAAGAGUGUUUAAAUGCCACCAGAAUCCUGACUUCUCAUGGGAUGAACAUGGAGAUGAACAUCUCGGUCACAGACUUCAGUUACCUCUGCCCUGCUCUCCUUAAUCAGAUUGACACCAAGUCCUGCAUUGUUCACAGAAAGGCUUCUCAUGGAGAUCACCACAUGGAAACGCAGCAUGAUAAUAAUAAGGAAAGCAGUGAAAGCCACCAGAGAGGAAGUUCCAUUCAGGCAGCCUGGAUCGGAGGGUUCGUGUCCAUCACCAUUAUCAGCCUGCUGUCCCUGCUUGGAGUUGUUCUGAUCCCAUUGAUGAACCGGGUGUUUUUCAAGUUCCUGCUGAGCUUCUUGGUAGCUCUGGCAGUGGGGACUCUUAGUGGAGAUGCCUUUCUCCACCUCAUACCACAUUCUCAAGGGUCUCAUCCACACAACCAUGGAGAACACUUACCCAAUGAAAGCCAUGAUCACCAUGACCACGGCCACAAAGAGGGUGGUCUGGACUCGGUGUGGAAGGGGUUGACUGCCCUGGGUGGAGUCUACUUCAUGUUCCUCAUAGAGCACUUCAUCACGCUGGGGAAGAUGUAUAAGGAAAAGAAACAGAAGAAUCAGAAGAUACUGGAUCAGAACGAAGAAAAUGGAAAUUCUGACAAGCUUCCGACAGAAGAAGAGAAUCCGGACAUUAAGUCAUGUGAAGACAUGGAGGCCAGCAGGGCAGAGGGGUUCACGGAGCAGUCGCAGUUCGCUGCCAAGUCAGACGGGCAGGGCACCCCAGAAGAGGAGGAGGUCAUGCUGGCUCCGGCUCUGCCCCAGGACGGCUACAGCGAGUACAUGGCCGAAGGCUGCGAGAACAAGUGCCACUCGCACUUCCACGACACGGUGGGGCAGGCCGACAAUAUGCACCACCAUCACCAUGACUACCACCACAUCCUGCAUCACCACCACUCUCAGAACCACCACCCCCACAGCCACAGCCACAGCUACUCCCGGCAGCACUUCAAAGAGGCCAGCGUCGCCACGCUGGCCUGGAUGGUCAUUAUGGGGGACGGCCUGCACAAUUUCAGCGAUGGACUAGCUAUAGGGGCUGCUUUUACUGAAGGGCUUUCCAGUGGGCUUAGCACAUCAGUAGCAGUUUUCUGUCACGAAUUGCCUCAUGAGUUAGGAGACUUUGCAGUGCUGCUGAAGGCAGGCAUGACAGUGAAGCAGGCCAUUCUGUAUAAUGUUCUUUCAGCCAUGAUGGCCUACCUUGGCAUGAUCACAGGGAUUCUCAUCGGACAUUAUGCAGAAAACAUCUGUAUGUGGAUAUUUGCCUUAACUGCAGGGCUGUUUAUGUAUGUGGCUCUUGUGGAUAUGGUGCCUGAAAUGUUGCACAAUGAUGCUGGGGAUCAUGGAUUUAGUCAUUGUGGUUAUUUCCUUUUACAGAAUGCUGGGAUUCUUCUGGGAUUCAGCAUCAUGUUACUUAUUGCCAUAUUUGAAAACAAAAUAUUGGUGGACAUUGAACUUUAACAAAAAGAAAGUAUAUGUUGCAGUUAGAGUUACAGUACGGUAGCCCACUGAUAGAUGUGAUAAUGUCCAUAGGUGACAUUCAGCUCAAAGUUUUGUUUUGUCUUUAUUGUUGUUUGCUUCUGUAAUGGUAGCAUCCUUUUUGUAGAACAUAAAUUAACGUUGCAAAAAUUGUCUGUUACAGUGUUGCCUGUUGCCUGUUGCUUUGUUGAGUUGUGUUAUUUGAUGCACAGGAUUAAAAUGUUUCAAAUCUAGGUACUGUACUGCAGAAUAAAAUAAAUGGAGAAAAAGGGAAUGAAAGAGGACAAGCAGAAAAGUCAUGAUAUGACUGCUAAAACAUGCUUACACUGUGGCAUUUGAAGAGAAUGUAUGUAUUGGGACUGCAAGAAAUAUUCUGGGCCUGCACUCAGAUAGGUUUUGGAAAUAAAGACCAAGAAUUUGUAAUUGAACUCAGUAUGUAAUGUAAGGGCUAUUUAAGUAUUUCAUUGAAUGGUCUUUGUAGUGUGUUCUUUGUGCCAUUAUAUAGGUCAAGAGCUAUCAUUUUAAGUUCAAAGAAAAAUGUUUACAUCUCUCAAGAAUCAUCACAGUAGCCAAUGUUUGACUUGCUUGCUGAUUUUUAAGGGUGUUCCAGCUGAGCCAUGAAACUCAGCGAUAAUCAAAAAUGGUCAGAAAUAAUUUGUGAGGUGAUCAUGUCAAUUCUUUCUGCACCGUGUACUGAACAGUAAGCAUGGCGUUGUAACUGGUUUUUUUUAAUGUAUCAGGUGUACAAAUUGUGCUGUAGCCCUGCAAUGAAGUCAAGCAGUUUAUCAGUAUAUGUUUUGUUUACUUUUUAUGAUUUAAAAAUGUGACCAACAGUGUAUAUGGCAGCUUUGGGUGUUCCUAUUUGUAUGCUUUACAUUCCAGAGGAAAUAUAGUUGACGUCAUCA